AUGAAUAUUUUGUCUAUGCUAUCUAAUGAUGGCGGUACAACAGUGCCACCAUCGCCACAACAGCCACCGCAAGAAGCACAAGCACAAGCACAAGCACAAGCACAGGAAUUGGAAUCACAGCAAUCAUCACAGCCAACAAAGCUACAAACACAAGAACAACCACUACCCAACUACAAUGGCCCUUCUCACGAGGGACAUGGUACGAACGGUGUGAUGGGCAUUGCCCAGCAUCAACAGCAACAAAGUUUUCAACGCAUUGCUCCAGCACAGUCUCAACCCUUCUGCAGCCACUACUACCAAAAUGGUAAUGGCCAACCCCAGCAGCACAUGUCCUUGCCUACGUUGUCGAAAAAUGAAUCAAUAGUAUCGAGUAUAUUACCAUCAGACAACGUGUUGCCUGAUUUUUCAGAUCCUCACCCUAAAAUCGACCAACAGUACAAAUCAAACUUUGAAAACAACAUCAACAUCAUCAAUCAGUUGGACAAAUACCAAAGGUUGAGCCAUGACUUGAAGUUGCUAAAGUUUGAUGAAGCAAAACUAAACAACUACUUGGUCAACACCCAUCAAUUUGCAGCAAACUACAUUGACCGCGUUGUUGCUGAAGAUAUUUCAUCUAGAGCAAACAAGAUUAGUGACACCAACAAAAACAAGGAAUUGGUUCUUAUAGACUAUUCCAAGCCUUUGCAUCACAACAGCACCCGAGGUAAAGAGUAUAAAUGGGGGUCAACAAGAGAGAUCCACAAGGUUGAUCACAAGUCAAGGAAAAAGAGACCAACUGAAGAGCAACCAGCAGCCAACGGCAACACUUUCACCAGUGGUAACUAUGCCAAGACUUCUACAUCAUCUAGCGGCUCGAAUGGACCUGUACCCAUUAGACCAAAAUCCUCUGUUCCACAGGAAAUUAUGGAUUUAAAUGUUAGGCGAAGCAGUCGUCCAAAGGCUAAAAGAAAGACAUAUGAUUAUGACGGUGGAGAGCUUGAUGACGAUCUGUUGUUUGAUGAAGAUGAAGAUGAGGAGAGAACAACACCACAGCCAGGAGGUGACCUCAAGAGAGUUAAAGUAGAACAAGAUGGCAAACAAAAGUCGGCACAGGCAUCGAGCAUGACGUCAAAGGAGCAGAAAGCGUUCAUGAGACAAUAUGAUACUACAUACAUUUCUAUAUGGAAGGACAUGUCACGAAAAGAUGGACCAAAAGUUAGCAGAUUGAUGCAACAAUCAACUCAAGCGAAAUUGAUAAACUUGAAAAAGACGUGUCUUUUGGCUGCGAGGGAGGCCAAGAGAUGGCAAUUGCGAAACACCAAGAAUCAAAAAGAUUUAACUACAAAAGCUAGGAGGGCAAUGAGGGAAAUGUUCAAUUUCUGGAAACGUAAUGAAAGAAUUGAGAGAGAGUUGAAGAAGAAACAUGAGAAGGAAUUGACUGACAAAGCCAAGAAAGAAGAAGAGGAUCGUGAAGCUAAACGUCAAUCAAGAAAAUUAAACUUUUUGAUUACUCAAACAGAAUUGUAUUCUCAUUUCAUUGGUAAAAAGAUCAAAACUGAUGAAAUUGAAGGUGCAGACUCAGACCCAAGAAUAAAAGCACAAUCAAAAGAACAUUUGGACAAAUUUGCUGACGUUGAUGCAGCACAAAAUGAUAUCCAUUCGUUGGAUUUCGAUAAUGACGAUGAAGACGCAUUACAUAGAGCAGCCGCACAAAAUGCACAAAAUGCAUUGGUCAGUGCUCAAAAUAAGGCCAAACAAUUUGACGACUCAGAACCAUUCAAGAAUCCUGAUACGAAUGGGGAAGAAAUGAACUUCCAGAACCCUACAUUACUCGGUGACAUUAGCAUCGAACAACCAAAGAUGUUGAAGUGCACAUUGAAAGAAUAUCAGAUCAAGGGGUUGAACUGGUUGGCCAAUUUGUACGAACAGGGUAUUAAUGGUAUCUUGGCCGAUGAGAUGGGGUUAGGUAAAACUGUUCAAAGUAUCUCAGUGUUGGCAUAUUUGGCAGAGACUCACAAUAUAUGGGGGCCUUACUUGGUAGUCACUCCUUCUUCGACAUUACACAAUUGGCAACAAGAAAUUUCCAAAUUUGUGCCUCAGUUCAAAGUUUUACCGUACUGGGGCCAUGCAAAAGAUCGUAAGGUGUUGCGUAAGUUUUGGGAUAGAAAGUCAUUGAGAUACGACAAGGAUGCACCAUUCCAUGUCUUGGUGACAUCCUAUCAAUUAAUUGUGUCAGACAUUGCUUAUUUCCAAAAAAUGAAGUGGCAAUAUAUGAUUCUAGAUGAAGCACAGGCUAUCAAGUCUUCUCAAUCUUCCAGAUGGAAGUCACUUUUGUCAUUGAGCUGUCGUAAUCGGUUGUUAUUGACAGGUACACCCAUCCAAAACUCCAUGCAAGAGUUGUGGGCUUUGUUGCAUUUCAUUAUGCCCACGUUGUUUGAUUCGCAUGAUGAGUUUAGUGAUUGGUUUUCCAAGGAUAUCGAAAGUCAUGCGCAAUCAAACACCGGUUUGGAUGAACAGCAAUUGAGAAGAUUACACAUGAUUUUGAAACCAUUUAUGUUGAGACGUAUUAAGAAGAACGUUCAAAGUGAAUUGGGUGAUAAAGUUGAGAUUGACUUAUUCUGUGAUUUAACAAAUAGACAAAAGAAGUAUUACCAAAUGUUGAAAUCUCAAAUUUCUAUUAUGGAUUUAUUGGAUGCAGCAAACUCCAACUCCGAAGAUUCGACAUCGUUGGUUAAUUUAGUGAUGCAAUUUAGGAAAGUUUGUAACCAUCCUGACUUGUUUGAAAGAGCCGAUGUGAGGUCGCCUUUUACUUUUGGUAAAUUUGCUGAAACUAGCUCGUUUUUGAGAGAGGGAAACGAGUUGGAGUACAGCUACUCCACCGAGAAUGAGAUCAAAUUUGGUCUACCUAGGCUAAUUUAUGAUGAGUUAUUGACCCCCAAUUAUGGCAAAAAUACAUUGGAUUCGUUGUAUGAGAAGUUCAAUAUUUACAACCCCGAAAAUACAAAAAGUUUAGGAUGGACUAACGAAAUAGGUGUGUCCUUGGGUGAGAUUCAAGCUGUUGCCAAAUCCAAUACUAUCGAGCGUGCAAUUGACUCACACAAUUACACCACGGGCUCAAAACUCGACAGAGUAAAUUACCUAUACGAAGGAGACUACGUCCCAAAGCAUUGCAAAUUACUCAUUGCCAAUGACAAUGAGUUGACACAGGAGUCUUCAAAUGUUGCGAAUUCCCCUGUAUUAACUGAACUUUGCUCAGUCUCAAAGCCAGUUUAUGACGAAAUGUACUUGAAUCGAAUGGACCCUGCUUAUGCACCAGUAGCAUCUGCCCCACCAGUGACAGUCACGUGUUCCUCGACCAAUUUCACCAACCAAUAUAACCAAGAACUAUUCAACCCUAAAAUCCGGUCUGCAUUAGCACCAAUGUCAUUGAACGAGGAGUACCGAUACAUGCAAAACCAAAUCCCCUUGGAUCGGUACCCGCCAACCAACAUGUUACCCAACCCCAUCAACAAGUUUAUCGAUUACUCCAACAUUCGUAUGCCGUCAAUGGAUAGAUUUAUUACCGAGUCUGGCAAAUUGGCCAAAUUGGAUGAACUAUUAGUCAAUUUGAAGCAACACGACCAUCGAGUCCUCAUUUACUUCCAAAUGACCAAAAUGAUGGAUUUGAUGGAAGAAUACCUCACGUAUCGUCAACACAAGUAUAUCAGACUCGAUGGAUCGUCCAAAUUGGAUGAUCGUCGAGACUUGGUCCACGACUGGCAAACCAAGCCGGAAAUCUUUGUGUUUUUGCUAAGCACGAGAGCCGGUGGUUUAGGUAUCAAUUUGACUGCCGCUGACACGGUCAUUUUUUACGAUUCGGAUUGGAACCCAACCAUUGAUUCACAAGCUAUGGAUCGUGCGCAUAGGUUGGGUCAAACGCGUCAAGUUACUGUGUAUCGAUUGUUGACGAGAAACACGAUUGAGGAGAGGAUGAGAGAUCGUGCUAAGCAGAAGGAACAGGUGCAGCAGGUUGUUAUGGAGGGUAAGACUACUGGUGGCUCUGGUGGCUCUGGUGGUAAGGAAGAAACCAAGAACUCGAAGAAGGAUGCUGCUUUCUUGUUACUUGGUGAUGGUAAUGACGAGUCAAGCAAUUAG